AUGGUGCCGAGCCCGGAGUGCCUGCCGGAGCCGCAGCCGAAAGUUGAUACAUGGGCGAGCAUGUGCAGCACGCAGUGCAGCGAGGUUUUGCCGUUGACAAAGACAUUUACCGUUGAGCAAAGCUGGAUGCCCGAUUUCGACAGCUUCUGUCGCGAAUCUAUUCCUGCGAUGGAGCAGGGGAGAUUCAACGUGGAGCACGUCGUUCGCUCUUUUUCAGAGGAAUCCAAGGCACAGAUAGAGAUCAUGUCGGAUCGCACCAUCGGCGGCAGAAAGGUUCUGGCCAAAAGGUUCCCCCGGGCAUAUCUCCAAGACGAUCCGGAAUCUUUCCGGACCUCCGAUCCAUGCUCCUGUGAUGACCCAUGGACCGAAGUCUUUCUGGCGAUGCAGUUGGGCCAUGGGGCUUCGCGAGUUCCUGGGGUUGUCCCAUGCCAUGGGGUCUACAGAGAUUCUCGGGAGGAUGUUCUGUUGAUGUUGGAGUGGGCUCCUGGCGGCGAUCUUUUCCAGCUCGCCGGUAAUUUGGGCGAACUCGGGCCGGACAGAGAAGCUACGGCAUCACAGGUGCUUUGCUCUUUGCUUGCGGCUGUGACUACACUUCACUCGAAGGGCAUUGCACAUGGCAACGUGAGUGCAGAAAAUGCCAUUCUGCGAAUGGACGGCGCCGAAAUUCAGGUGGCGCUGAUUGACUUCGCCAUGGCUUUGCACGACACCGAUCUCUCAGCGGUCACGGGUGCGCGAGGAAAGCUGAUGUAUCGCGCUCCGGAAACUGUUGGUGAGCAAGCCAUCUAUGAUGCCCGUACUGCAGAUUUGUUUGCAUGCGGCGUGGUGGGUUAUGUCCUUGCAACCGGCACGUACCCCUGGCAGAGCACGACAAGUGAUUGCAAGGCUUUCGCUUACGUCCAGAAGCAUGGCCCCAAGAGGUUCUUCGAGAAGCGCACGCUCACCGUGGGUGCCUCGAAGGUUCAGAUCUCGCAGGUUCUUUCCCCUCAUUUCCAAUCAGUGCUCGCUUCGCUAAUCGAGCCAGACCCGGCGAAGCGGCGGGUGCUAUGGGAGAAAGGCAUCGGCAUAGCGCCCCUUAAAUAA